AUGCCAUCAUCUUACUCAUCAUCAUCCAACAUACGAUCAUCUCGCUCAUUAUCAUCAAACAAAACAUCAUCCAACUCAUCAUCAUCCAACAUACGAUCAUCUAUCUCAUCAUCAUCCAACAAAACAUCAUCUAACUCAUCAUUAUCCAACAAACCAUCAUCUUACUCAUCAUCAUCAAACAAAACAUCAUCCAACUCAUCAUCAUCCAACAUACGAUCAUCUAAUUCAUCAUCAUCCAACAUACGAUUAUCUAGCUCAUCAUCAUCAAACAAAACAUCAUCUAACUCAUCAUUAUCCAACAUACCAUCAUCUUACUCAUCAUCAUCCAACAUACGAUCAUCUAACUCAUCAUCAUCUAACAUAUCAUCCUCUUACUCAUCAUCAUCCAACAUACCAUCAUCCAACUCAUCAUCAUCCAACAAAACAUCAUCCAACUCAUCAUCAUCCAAUAAAACAUCAUCUAACUCAUCAUCUAACUCAUCAUCAUCAAACAAAACAUCAUCUAACUCAUCAUUAUCCAACAUACCAUCAUCUUACUCAUCAUCAUCCAACAUACGAUCAUCUAACUCAUCAUCAUCUAACAUAUCAUCCUCUUACUCAUCAUCAUCCAACAUACCAUCAUCCAACUCAUCAUCAUCCAACAAAACAUCAUCCAACUCAUCAUCAUCCAAUAAAACAUCAUCUAACUCAUCAUCUAACAUACGAUCAUCUAACUCAUCACAAUCCAACAAAACAUCAUCUAACUCAUCAUUAUCAUCCAACAUGCCAUCAUCUUACUCAUCAUCAUCCAACAUACUAUCAUCUAACUCAUCAUCCAAUAUACCAUCAUCCAACUCAUCAUCAUCAUCCAACAAAACAUCAUCUAACUCAUCAUCUUCCAAUAUACCAUCAUCCAACUCAUCAUCCAAUAUACCUUCAUCCAACUCAUCAUUAUCCAACAUACCAUCAUCUAACUCAUCAUCAUCCAACAUACGAUCAUCUAGCUCAUCAUCAUUAAACAAAACAUCAUCUAACUCAUCAUUAUCCAACAUGCCAUCAUCUUACUCAUCAUCAUCCAACAUACGAUCAUCUAGCUCAUUAUCAUCAAACAAAACAUCAUUCAACUCAUCAUCAUCCAACAUACGAUCAUCUAUCUCAUCAUCAUCCAACAAAACAUCAUCUAACUCAUCAUUAUCCAACAAACCAUCAUCUUACUCAUCAUCAUCAAACAAAACAUCAUCCAACUCAUCAUCAUCCAACAUACGAUCAUCUAAUUCAUCAUCAUCCAACAUACGAUUAUCUAGCUCAUCAUCAUCAAACAAAACAUCAUCUAACUCAUCAUUAUCCAACAUACCAUCAUCUAUCUCAUCAUCGUCCAACAUACCAUCAUCUAACUCAUCAUCAUGCAACAAAACAUCAUCUAACUCAUCAUUAUCCAACAUACCAUCAUCUAACUCAUCAUCAUCCAACAUACCAUCAUCUAACUCAUCAUCAUCCAACAUACCAUCAUCUUACUCAUCAUAG